CUUGAGUCUAAACGACGUCGUUUAGAUCUUCUCUAUGCAUUUCCAAAUGCCCAGGGCGCCCACCUCUGACGCUAUUGGAGUAGUGACUAUGCUGAGGGUGAGAGUUUUAGCUUCAAGCUCCACGCUUUUCACAGGUGAACACAAAUUCAUUUCUACAUCCAUUUCUGUGAAACCAGAGCUUGCUUUGUUUAAUGGAAAUGGUCAUACUAGUAGAUGGAAUGCUGGAACCACUCAUUUUAUCAACUCAUUCUCUAAGACGAGUCUAGUCGUGAAGUUAAUGACAGAAAAGCUGGAACCCUUCAUGAAGCAGAAAAAUGAUCCUGCUAGAAAGGCUUCAUCUGGCACAUGUUUGCCUGCAGAAAGCAGCCCCUACUUGAAGAGCAAUCUUCUAAAACAGGAGGGAAUUUCAGCGUCUGGAAAGAUCUCAAAUGCAUUUGUAAAGAAUGUGCCAACCCAACUUGAAUCCUGUGAUGUAUUAGAGAGCCCAGAAUCAAGUACAAGAGCAACUUCAGUUGGCGGGACCACGGUAACAGGAAUUCAUCUUCCAAUCCGUCCUAUGCAUGCUUCAGAGACUGUAACCAUUAGAAUUAGCAACAUAAGCACAAAGACAGCAGAUGCCAUGAUACACUCAAUAUGCAAGUCAGUUGGUCCUUUGGAGGGGUUGCUGAGGAAAAAAGCGAGUGAAGUCAAAGCUUUUUUUAUUGUGAAGAACAACUUAGACCCACAAAGCAUACUUGAACAAUUGGACUGCAAGAUUGUCGAUAAAUGCCAAUGGUCAGCUUGUGUCUCAACUGAGGACUCCGGCUCUGCUCCAAUGACCAUCAAGGACAACAGUCAAUGCAAGCUGGACGACAGGCAAUGCAAACUUGGGGACCAGAUCAGCAGCAGUAUUGCUGAUGUGAAGAGGCAAAUCUUAAGGGAAUUUCUUAUGAAGAAAUUAUACCUCGAAGACUUGGAGAAUCUGCAUGUGUCCUUAGUACACCUUGAAAAUCACCCAAACAAAUUUGGUAAGUCAUCCAAAAAUUGACUGAGUUGCAUUUAUGUUUAGGUAUUGCAGAGGAGGAAAAAGUCAAAGAGUAAAGUGUAAACAUGCCUGCUUCUCGGGUUACUAUUCAAUUAGCUCUGAUUUUAAUGGUCAUUAUAGGGAGAUUUUACUUGACAAAUGGAUGCUGAAAUCCAGGAUGUAUUGUAGAAUAGAGGAGCAUAUUGCUUCGGUUGUGUCCGGAUCAGAUUUCAAAUGAAUCAACUGAUCGCUUCUAAUGAGAAAAA